AUGGCGACCAAGCCGGUCACCGUCGGCGACCUCAUCCACCGCGUCGCCUCCUCCUGCCUCUCCAACCGCCUGCCCUGCAACUACACCCUCCGCGACUCCGUCGAUAGCGACCUGGACGACGACGACGACGACCCCUUCGCCGACGCCGUCUCCAGCAGCGAGAAAUGCCGGCGGUCCCCGUCCGCUGCGGAGGCGGAGGAAAUCGAGGAAGAGGAGGGGGAGGAGGAGGAGGAGAAGCUCAAGAUCUGGGAGGAGGGGGAGCAGGAGAAGGAGAGGCUGGCCGCCGCGGCCAAGGGCGCCGAGCGCGCCCGCGACGCGGACGCGCUGAUGGCGGAGGUGUUCGACGCCGUCUCCGGGGUGCGCCGCGCCUACGCCGCGCUCCAGGGCGCGCACUGCCCCUGGGACCCCGACAAGAUGCGCGCGGCGGACGCCGCCGUCGUCGCCGAGCUCCGCCACCUCGCGCGCCUCCGCGACCGCUUCCGCCGUUCCGCCGCCGCGGGCCACAUUCCGCCCCCGAACCCUUCCGCGCCUCCUCUCCGCGAGGCCGUGGCGCCGUACGAGGCGGCGCUCGACGACCUCCAGCGCCAGCUCCAAUCCAAGCAGGCCGAGCUGGACGGGCUCAAGGAGAAGCUCGCGGCGGCCACCAGCCGCCGUAACGGGCGCCACCACCACCACCCGCUCUCCAAGCAGAACGGCCCCGGCGGCGCGCCGACGGCGGAGCUGUUCACCUCCUGUGCUGAGCAGGCCCGCGCGGCGACGCGGGCGUUCGCGGGGCACCUCGCCCACCUGAUACGCGCGGCGGGGCUGGAGCUCGCGGCGGCCACCCGGUCGCUCACCAAGAUCCCGGUGUCCUCCCCGCAGCUGGCCAAGCACGCGCUAGAGGCGCACGUCACGCGCGUCCUCCUCGGCGGCUUCGAGCACGAGUCCUUCUACCUGGACGGCUCCCUCUCGUCGCUGCUGGACCCCGCCGCAUUCCGGCGGGAGCGGUACGCGCAGUUCCGCGACAUGCGCGGGAUGGAGCCCGCGGAGCUGCUGGGCGUGCUCCCGACCUGCGCCUUCGGCCGCUACGCCGCCGCCAAGUUCACAGCGCUCCUGCCGCCGCGCGUGGAGGAGGCCGUCCUGGGCGACGGCGGGCACCGGAGGGUGGUCAACGCCGGCGCGCACCCGCGGACGCCCUUCUACGGGGAGUUCCUGCGCGCGGCCAAGGCCGUGUGGUUGCUGCACCUGCUGGCCUUCGCGCUGGAGCCGCCGCCCAGCCACUUCGAGGCCGCCCGCGGCGCGGAGUUCCACCAGGAGUACAUGGAGAGCGUGACCGGCGCGCCCCCGCACGCCGGCGCAGGCAUGGUCGUCGGGUUCGCGGUCGCGCCCGGGUUCCGGCUGGGGAACGGCGCCGUCGUGCGCGCCCGGGUCUACCUGGUGCCGCGUGGUGGCCGACCGUGA